ACCGCGGGAGGUCUCCACCUACCUGCUGCGGGAUCCCAGCCCCCGCUCCUUGGGAGGAGGCUACGAUCUGAGUGCAGUCAUGGCCGUCGCCUCGUCGGCGCUCACUCUGCCGACGGUCGUGGAGGAGCUGCUGCGCGAGAUGGCGGCGGCGGUGCGGGAGAGCGCGCGAAUUCCUGAUGAGCAUCUGUUAUCGCUGAAAUUUAUCUUUGGCUCAUCAGCAUUCCAAGCCUUGGACCUAGUCGAUCGACAAGCCAUCACCUUAAUCUCUUCACCCAGUGGAAGGAAUGUUUACCAGGUACUUGGAAGUUCUGGUAAAACAUACACAUGUUUGGCUUCUUGUCAUUACUGCUCGUGUCCUGCAUUUGCCUUCUCAGUGCUACAGAAGAGUGACAGCCUACUGUGCAAGCAUCUCUUGGCAGUUUACCUUAGUCAAGUUACACAGACCUGUCAGCAGCUAAGUGUCUCUGACAAGCAAUUGACUGACAUAUUAUUGAUGGAGAAGAAACAAGAAUCAUGAACAUCAUGUUUUAAAACAAGUUCUAUCAAUAAAUGCCAUUUAACCAGCUGUGGCUCAAAUGGGAGAAAGGUGAAACAGGCCUUUGAGAAGCUUGUUAUUAUCCCCUUUCCCUGCUGGACUACAGGAGCUGUAGCUUGGAACCAGUAUGUGUAGGGUUUAAGGCCCUAUAUGUCUCCUUCUGGAAAAUCCAAACCAACCUCUGUGCUCCCUGGGUAAACACUUUCUUGGAUGGAAUCAAACAUUUUAGACCCAAAGUCUAGUAUCAUGUCUUAUACACAGUUAGUUAGGUUCUUAAAUGCCUUCAGUGACUACUAGUUUUUAAGAAGUUGGAGUGGGAGCCCUCCCUGGUGGUGCAGUGGGCUAGACCACUGCACUGCCAAACCAAACUGUAGUGGCUUCAGUGUGAGUUCAGUCCCAGCCCCGGAGGUGACCCACAUGGUGCAGCAGACCUCUCCUGUCUCAC